GUUGGUACAACUGGGUUCGUGAUACAAUGGCGUCUGCAGAAAGAAUGUUGACAUCAAAAGUUACUUGUAGUUUUUCAGUUUUUAAGCAUUUUUGUUUAGCUUUUACCGUUAUUUUCAUUACUUUAAUCUCGCAAAAUCACAUUGCCGAAACAGCUCAUAUAAGUGGGACCUGGAACACUAAAGAAUUUUUCAGGUUUUUAAUCAAAUUUGGGUUCCAGAAGACUGACGUUCACCAAGAAAAUGAUGGUUAUAUUUAUGGUAAUGUCACAAUCAAAGGGAAUUUUAGCCAAAAAGCCACGUUGGCCGUCUUAGAUAGAGGAUACUUUUUAGAGUACUAUGGUAAUCGUACCGUUGCUAAUAAAAGCAAGGCAUGCAUGCUGAUGUUCGACAAAAUAAACUACACAGCUUACGAUUCUGCUUGUUAUGAUGCUGGUGAGCUAGAUUUCCUAAGAAAAAUUCCAUGCCCUUUUGGAAAAGUUUGUGAAGAUGAAGACAAGCCUACUAAUGUGGUACCAAAUCAUCAGUUCACCUUCAGGAUUCGUGACAUUCGUCAGCCAAGAUUUUGGUAUAUAAGUAUGGUCGCCUGUUAUCGAGAUCCUAAGACAUGUAAAUGGAAACAUUUAGACGAGGAGGCUGAAUUAGAUUAUGAUAUAUGGUUUGUCAAUGGUAAUCCAAAUGUAUCUGGGAACAAUCCUGUCUUAUACCAGUUUUCUUUUGACAGACAGGACACUGUAGAGCUUUAUUUGGUUUUCUUCCUGUGUUACAUAAUACUAGUUCCACUUCAGCUCUAUGCUGCUUUGCAACAACGUCAUCCCGUGACUAGAUUGUUCACUGUCAGCCUGCUAAUGGAGUUCAUCGGACUACUAUUCAACCUAUUUCAUGUUUUGAAAUUUGCUGUUGAUGGUGUAGGGUUUGAACAAGUUGCAGUUGCUGGGGAUGUUUUUGAUAUCUUGUCAAGGACAACACUCAUGCUGCUGCUACUGCUGCUAGCGAAGGGUUGGGCAAUAACUCGUUUGGAACUGACACACAAGCCUUUGGUGUUCACGAUUUGGUUUAUUUAUGGUGUUGUGCAUGUCCUGCUCUAUGUUUGGAACAUGACUGAAGUGGACAUUAUUGAAGAGAUUGAUGAGUACCAAACAUGGCCAGGGUGGUUGAUUCUGACUCUUCGCUCGGUUAUUAUGAUAUGGUUUUUCCUUGAACUAAGGAAUACAAUGUCAUAUGAGCAUAAUAUCCAUAAGCUGCAUUUCUUCCUCCAUUUUGGUGCUUCAGCUCUAGUUUGGUUUAUUUACUUACCUAUAAUUGCUCUUAUUGCACUCCGUGUCUCAGCUCUUUGGCGAUUUAAGCUACUGCUUGGAAUAACAUACUCAGCAGAUUGUUUGGCCUAUUGUGUGAUGACACAUUUGUUGUGGCCCACUCGCAGUGAGCAAUACUUCUUAUUGGCAAACGAAAAUUUCCAUGCUGACGAAUUGGAUGAAUUCAAUGAGUCUCCUCAUGUUGUAAACACAUAUAGAAUGAACACGGAUGAGCCUCAUGAUUUUAAUGAUGUUCCAUCUGAUUACAACAAUUUCUCCUCAGUGAAUAGUUCACAAAACAACAUUGAUGACGCAGAUUAUACUAAGCCCAUCCUUACCUAAUAGUUUUAAUUUUAAUGUGUAUGUUACAGUUAUAGUGCCAUUGAAUUUUAAAUACUGUAUUUUUUUUGUAAUUAUUUUGUUGUAAUUCCAGUUUUUUUAGUUUUUAAGGUGUAAAUAAUUUUUCAAGUUGUUUUCGUAUAAGGUCAAUUUUUAAAAUGUUGGUUCUUGGUUGGUUGUGGUACAUUUCUCUUUGCAAGUCUGCCACCACAACAAAUCUAAUCUAAUCUAUCUUACCUUGUUUUGUAUGGCUGUUGGCGCCAGAGGCUUUAAGCUCUCUGUCUCCGAAUGUGCAUUAUUGUUCCAUCAUCGCAAAAAGAAUUUAACCCUAUUGGCUUGUAAUAUCACCAUGAGAGGGGUUCACCUAAUUCUUGUUGUGCUGAUGGUACGUAAUGUAGAAUGUACUACGACUAUGAAUGUGAUCUGAGUGCUACCUCUUCAGUUCAGCUUGUUUCAUGAAGAAGGUAAAUGCUCAUGCUGUGAUGUACAGUACUUGACUUUAUUGUUGAUGUUUUCUGUUUUUAUUUCAUAUAUUUGUCCAGUAAUGAUUUGUCAGAAGCCUGAGACCUACUGUUGGGAUCAAAACCAAUUGCACUAUUGGCAAAUUGUUAGAAAUAUUCUGGUAUAGAUUGGUAACUAAACAAUUUUAACAAUUGUUAUAAUUGUGCCUGUUUUGAAAAUCUGUGUUGACUACGUAGGAGAAGUUUUUUGGCAGCCUUAUUUAUUGUUUUUAUUAAUUUCAUUGCUGAUAUAUUAAUAUCUUGAUGUUACUUUUGGAUUGGAAAGAUGCUCAUCUCCUGGGAAAGGAUGCUCAUAAUGUUAAUUGUGAUACCAGAUGAUUAUGUUAAAGUGUGUUGAAUGUAGAAACCUUAUUGGUCAGUCUGUUCAAAAGGUGAAAGUGUGUCUGUAGGGUUGAUGGAAGCCUCAAAGAAUAUUUUAGAAAUCAAGAUUAAGUUCAGUAUUAAAAGUGUUUUGAUUUAGGGCCCUUGAUAAUGUGGAUGAAAUUUUAGAACUUUUUUUAAUUUCUAAGAACCUAGACAUUUUUUUACACAAAGUUAAAAAUUUUUGGCCAAGUAGAUAACUUAUAGCUUUAUCUCUCUUAAUGGUAACUUUUUGUAGUGGCAUAUUAGAUUUUAUAACAUGUUAAUGCUCUGAAUUCUCUUCAGUUUCAACGAUCCUUUCCGUGGCUCCUUUCAGUGGACAAAUCUGUGCACUAAAUAUAAUAUAGUCAUACAUUUUCUGCACUAGAUUUUUACUUAGAAUUGUUGUUGUUGUAGUUCUAAUUACAACUUUAGUAGGAAUAUUUUCUUUCAUUCUAUGCUUUCUCAUAGUUCUGUUUUUAAAUCAGUUUAGUUUAGCAAGGACUACUAUCUUUAUACUAUCUAAAAUGAGGCUUAUCAUAGAGGACCUGCUUAUUUUUGAGGCUCACCUUGUCACAUGUGUGAUGUGCAGUAAUUACCUAUCUUUCUCUAGUCAAUUAAAAAUAUGAGAGAUCCAGUAAUGUGGAACUUUGGAUCUAUGAAAAGUGCGUUCUUCAAAGUUCUUCUUCUUCUUUCUUUUUUUUUUGGAACAAAAUCUUCAAAUAAAUUUGAAAACUUUACUUGUGUUUUACAAUUGUUUUCCUAUAAAGGAACCUGUAUUUUAUGUGAACAUUUCCGAGAUUUGUUUCUCAGUCCUCCAUUGGAUUUUUUACUUCAUCUUUUCGCUUCAAAUGGACCUCAAAAUGUUGAAGGUUAUUUUCUUCACAAUUUUUAAGAAAACAGAAUAAUUCCAGUGUUUGAGAUUUUUUGAUUUUUUUCCUACUGAUUUUUAUUUGAUAUAUGCUAGUUGCCAGUGGUUACCUUAUAAGAAAAUUCAUCUCAGAAUCUGUUUGUCCCUCAAGAGAUACUUAACUCAUCCGUCCAGCUUUGGGGACUACAAGUUGCCAAAAAUAAAAUGUCAUCUAUGAUUAAAAGUA